UUCUAUUAUAUCAUCCUAGUUUGAUAAAUGAGAAGCAGGCUUGGAGCAGAGAAGCAGUUUGCUGAAAACCAAAUAGUAAGUGGCAGAAUACACCCCCGCCUCCCGGAGCUGGCCCAUGGGCUCCAAGUUAAGAAUCUCUGUCCUAGAGCAUUUAUAAUAUAAUUCAACUACAAAAAUCUCCACGUAGGACUGUGUAAUAGCCAGCAAUCAGCAAGGCUGAAUUCUAAUCCAGCCUUCACCACUUUCUGACUGAGGGGCAUUGGGGAAUUUUCUUAACUUCUCUGUGCUCCCAGCUGCCUCAUCAAUUAAAUGGCAAUGAUAACUGCUAGGUGACUAGGAUGUCUUUGCGCAGUGUUUCGCGCAGUUUCCAGGCUUGUUACUCCAACGAGUAAACAAAGCUGAUCGCUGGGGCCCUUUAAUAUCCCCUUUCAGCCUUCAGACACGUAAGGGUCUCCUUGGCGAGAACCCGGCCCCCCGACUUUCUGAGAACCUUUUUCUUCCACACUCCUGUAAAGCCUUUCUCAGAAGCUACAGCCCCUUGGAAAUAUUUGUCAAGUUCCCAACUCCUCUGAAAUCGGAACUAUUAAUAACCACCUACAUCCAAAGACUACUACGAAGUUUCAACGAAACGAACGUGGAGGACUCGCGCCUGCACUUCCCAGUAUGAGAAACCAACAGGAAGCAAGCGCGCUCCACCUGAAAACGCGGUGGCGGCACCUGGACGCUCCCGGGCGCAGGCGCACAGACCCCGGGCCACGCCCCAUACUCUGUCAGAGCCGGCCAAUGGGAGGCGGCGGCCAGAAGAGCUCGCGACUUUAGAUGGUCCCUCCACCUCCCUCGGCCCGAAACGUGUGAUGUCAUCAAAGCGCGCCGGAAAAUACGUCAUGCCCGCGCGCCGCUAGAGCUGAGGGAAGGAAGUUGGCCUGGGGGCCGCCUCGGCUGUGUCUGCAAGGACGCGGGCAGCUGCGGUAGCUGCUUUGACCUGUUGAGGGCGGCGCGAUGGGAGACGAAAUGGAUGCCGUGAUCCCCGAGCGGGAGAUGAAGGAUUUUCAGUUUAGAGCCCUGAAGAAGGUGAGAAUCUUUGACUCCCCCGAGGAGUUGCCCAAGGAACGCUCGAAUCUGCUUGCCGUGUCCAACAAGUAUGGCCUGGUCUUCGCUGGUGGAGCCAGUGGGUUGCAGAUUUUUCCUACUAAAAAUCUUCUUAUUCAGAAUAAACCUGGAGAUGAUCCCAAUAAGAUAGUUGAUAAAGUUCAAAGCUUGCUAGUUCCUAUGAAAUUCCCGAUACAUCACCUGGCCCUGAGCUGUGAUAACCUCACACUUUCCGUGUGCAUGAUGUCCAGUGAAUAUGGUUCCAUUAUUGCUUUUUUUGAUGUUCGCACUUUCUCAAAUGAGGCCAAACAGCAGAAACGCCCGUUUGCGUAUCAUAAGCUCCUGAAAGAUGCAGGAGGCAUGGUGAUCGAUAUGAAGUGGAACCCCACUGUUUCCUCCAUGGUGGCAGUUUGCCUGGCUGAUGGCAGCAUUGCUGUCCUGCAGAUCACAGAGACAGUGAAAGUGUGUGCGACUCUUCCUUCCACAGUAGGAGUAACAUCUGUCUGCUGGAGCCCCAAAGGAAAGCAGCUGGCAGUGGGGAAACAGAAUGGAACUGUGGUCCAGUAUCUUCCUACUUUGCAGGAAAAAAAAGUCAUUCCUUGUCCUCCAUUUUAUGAGGCAGAUCAUCCUGUCAGAGUUCUGGAUGUGCUGUGGAUUGGUACAUAUGAAUUCACAAUAGUAUAUGCUGCUGCAGACGGGACCUUGGAAACUGCUCCAGAUGUGGUGAUGGCUCUGCUCCCGAAAAAAGAAGAAAAGCACCCAGAAGUGUUUGUGAACUUUAUGGAGCCCUGCUACGGCAGCUGUACAGAGAGGCAGCAUCAUUACUACCUCAGCUACAUUGAAGAAUGGGAUUUAGUGCUGGCAGCAUCUGCGGCUUCAACAGAAGUUAGUAUCCUCGCUCGACAAAGCAGCCAGGUUAAUCUCCAUUCCAUCCAUUGCUCAAGCAAAAAUUAUGGUGUCACCUCUGACUCUCUUUCUCUCACAUCUCACAUCUAUCAAAAGAGUAAUUGGGAAUCUUGGCUGCUGGAGGAUUCUAGCCGAGCUGAACUGCCUGUGACAGACAAGAGUGAUGAUUCCUUGCCCAUGGGAGUUGCCAUAGAUUACACCAACCAAGUGGAAAUCACCAUCAAUGAUGAGAAGACUCUUCCUCCUGCUCCAGUUCUUAUGUUACUUUCAACAGAUGGUGUGCUUUGUCCAUUUUACAUGAUCAAUCAAAAUCCUGGUGUUAGGUCCCUCCUCAGGACACCAGAGCGGCUCUCAUUGGAAGGAGAGCGACAACCCAAGUCAUCAGGAAGUACUCCUACUACUCCCACCUCCUCUCAGGCCCCGCAGAAGCUCGAUGCGGCAGCAGCCGUAGCUCCUGCCUCCGUUCUGCCUUCAUCACCGGCUGCUCCCACCUCCACCUUCUCUUUGCCUUCCGCCGUGGGAGCCCCUGCUGUGUUCUCCUUUGGUUCUUCAUCCUUGAAGUCAUCUGGUUCUGUCACUGGGGAGGCCCCUCCGUGUUCCAGUGCCUCUGACAAUUCCAAAGCAGCCUUGGGCCCUGGAGCAUCCUCCUUCUCUUUUGUUCCUCCUCCUCAAGCCUCCCUCGUGCUCACGCCUGCGGCCUCUCCCAUGGCACCCUCAGCUGCCUCAUUCUCCUUUGGAUCAUCGGGUUUUAAGCCUACCCUGGAAAGCACGCCAGUGCCAAGCGUGUCUGCUCCAAACACAGGAAUGAAGCCCACCUUCCCACCAUCAGCCUCUGCAGUCAAGGUCAACCUUAGCGAAAAGUUCACGGCCGCGGCCACCUCUGCUCCUGUUCACAACUCACAGAGCUCAGCCUCAAUGCUGCCAUUCUCCUCGGUCUCCAAGCCAGCAUCCUCUGGACCUCUCAGCCACCCUGCACCUCUGUCGGCAUCAUCCAGUUCCUUGUCAUCCAAGUCCUCAGUCUCUUCCUCAGUGUCGGCAGGGCGGUCUGCUCAGGGUAGUCCAAGUGCAGUGCCGUCAACGGUACAGAAAUCACCCAGGAUAACCCCUCCAGUGGCCAAGUCAGGCUCUCCCCAGGCAAAAUCACUUCAGCCUCCUGUUACAGAAAAGCAGGGACAUCAGUGGAAAGAGUCAGACCCUGUGAUGGCUGGAAUCGGGGAGGAGAUCACUCACUUUCAGAAGGAGUUGGAAGAGCUGAAAGCCCGAACUUCCAAAGCCUGUUUCCAAGUGGGCACUUCUGAGGAGAUGAGGAUGCUGCGAACAGAAUCAGAUGACCUGCACACCUUUCUUUUGGAGAUUAAAGAGACCACAGAGUCUCUUCAUGGAGAUAUAAGUACCCUGAAAACAACUUUACUUGAGGGCUUUGCUGGUGUUGAAGAAGCCAGAGAACAAAAUGAGAGAAACCGUGACUCUGGGUAUCUGCACUUGCUCUAUAAGAGGCCGCUGGACCCCAGGAGUGAGGCUCAGCUCCAGGAAAUUCGGCGCCUUCAUCAGUAUGUGAAAUUUGCUGUCCAAGAUGUGAAUGAUGUUCUAGACUUGGAGUGGGAUCGGCAUCUGGAACAAAAGAAAAAACAAAAGCGCCUGUUUGUGCCAGAGCGAGAAACGCUGUUUAACACCCUUGCCAACAACCGGGAAAUCAUCAACCAACAGAGGAAGAGGCUGAAUCACCUGGUGGAUAGUCUCCAGCAGCUCCGUCUUUAUAACCAAACCUCCCAGUGGGGCCUUCCCUUGGAUGUCCCCUCGCAGAGCAGCACUCACAGUUUUGACAGCGACCUCGAAAGCCUGCGCAAUGCUUUGUUGAAAACAACCAUAGACUUUCAAACCAAGCCCUUGCCCAAAGUCGCAGCUAAACUGUCCCCCGUGAAACAGGCACAGCUGAGAAACUUCUUGGCCAAGAGGAAGACCCCGCCGGUGAGAUCUACUGCUCCAGCCAGCCUGUCUCGGUCAGCUUUCCUGUCUCAGAGGUAUUAUGAAGACUUGGAUGAAGUCAGCUCAACGUCAUCCAUUUCCCAGUCUCUGGAAGGUGAAGACACACGGGCAUCCUGUAAGGAUGACGACGCAGUGGUCCAGGUUCCCCGGCAUGCUCCCGUGGUUCGGACGCCUUCCAUCCAGCCCAGUCUUUUGCCCCAGGCGACUCCUUUUGCUAAAUCUCACCUGAUUCAUGGUUCACCAGGUGUGAUGGGAACUUCAGUGUCUGCACCUGCUAGCAAAAUUAUUCCCCAAGGGGCCGAUAGCACAAUGCUUGCAACAAAAACCGUGAAGCAUGGCGCCCCGGGCCCUUCCCACCCCAUCUCUGCUCCCCAGGCGGCCGCUGCAGCAGCCCUGAGACGGCAGAUGGCCAGUCAGCCACCAGCUGUCAGUACUUUGACCGAAUCAACUUUGAAGAAUGUCCCUCAAGUGGUAAAUGUGCAGGAAUUGAAGAAUAAUCCUACAGCCCCCUCUGCAGCGAUGGGUUCUUCAGUGCCGUACUCUGCAGCCAAAACACCUCACCCGAUGUUGACCCCAGCGUCUGCUCACCAAGCUAAGCAGGGAUCUCUGAUAAACGCCUUAAAGCCGUCUGGGCCCACACCAGCGUCCAGUCAAUUGUCAUCUGGUGAUAAAGCUUCAGGACCAGUGGCAACCAAGAUAGAGACAGCUGUGACGUCUACCCCGUCUGUUGUUGGGCAGUUCAGCAAGUCUUUCUCAUUUUCUCCGUCAGGGACUGGCUUUAAUUUUGGGAUAGUCACACCAACACCGUCUUCUAAUUUCACGGCCACACAAGUGGCAGCACCCCCCGGCAAAGAGUCAAACCAGCUGGACACAUUCUCCUUUGGCGGGACAGGCAAACCUUUUUACGAGGCCAUUCCUGAAAGCUCCCCUCCCUCGGGAAUGACGACGUCAAGUAGCACGGGAGCUGCUGGUCCCUCUCCUGGGGAGUCUGCUCCAUCCAGCGGCAGGCCUGUGGCACCUUCUGGAAUUGCUCUUUCCACCCCCUCUGGCAAGGUGGAAGCUCCGCCGUCCAAGUUGGGAGAGCUUCUGUUUCCAAGUUCUCUGGCUGGAGAGACUCUAGGAAGUUUUUCAGGACUGCGGGUUGGCCAAGCAGAUGAUUCUACAAAGGCAGCCAGUAAGGCUUCAUCCCCAGGCGGGACUGGUGCUAGUGCACAGCCCACCAAGACUUCGGCCGUCCCCUCCGGGUUUAGUUUCACCGGCCCCGUGGUGCUGGGGAAGCCCGUGGAGCCUCCCGUGACCUCCUCUGUGGCUGCCACCACAGUGACCCUGGCGGCUGCGGCCGGCCCCAGCCCCGGCAGUUCCUCAACUGGCGUCUUUGGCAGCCUGCCGCUCACCAGUGCGGGACCCUCCAGCGUAAUCAGUUUUGCGGGGCUAUCGCUAAGCGGUAGCAAGACCAGUUUUCCGUUCGGAGGCCAGCAGACAAGUAGUACAGCGCCGUCCUCUGCCGCUGCCGCUGCCACACCCCUUCCUACAUCCCUCCCCGCCUUGUCGUUUGGCAGCCUCCUGAGUUCAGCAUCUGCUCCCACCGUGCCCACGUCCUCCGCUAAAAGCACGGAAGCAGCCACGUCAUCGGCUCUGCCUGAGAAGCCAGGUGGUAGUGAGGCCUUGGUGUCAACAGCCUCCCUCCUAGGGCAGCAGCCAUCCGCCCAGCUUCCCCAAGCUCCUUCUCAAACGUCUGACUCUGUGAAGAAGGAGCCCGCUCUCGCCCAGCCUGCGGCCAGCAGCCCUGGUACAGCGGCGCCCAGUGCCACCGUCCUAGCGCCGUCCGCGGAGGCCACUCCGGCAGCCACCGGGGCCCCGGACGCCAAGACCGAACCGCCGUCCCCUGCCCCCACCCCGGCAGCGCCUGGGCAGAUUGCCGUCGCAGCACCUGCCGUCCCAGGUGCCGGCCCCGUGGCCCCAGAAACAUCCAGGCCUCCCGCCACCUCCAGCGCUGUUUCCGGUGAUGCUCCAGGCCCAGCCACGGAGCCCGCAGUGUUUGGGGCGGUCACUUCGGGCUCGCCUGUCUUUACUCAGCCACCGGCCGCCAGCUCUAGCUCGGCUUUCAGCCAGCUCACCGGCCACACAGCCACCGCCCCCUCGGCGACCCCCAUGUUUGGGCAGGUGGCCGCCAGCACUGCCCCGAGCCUGUUCGUACAGCAGGCGGGCGGCAUCGCCAGCACGGCGGCUGCCGCGCCACAGGUCAGCGGCUCGGGGUUCGGCAGCCCAGCGUUUGGCACCUCCGCCCCGACGGUCUUUGGACAGACGAGCUUCGGGCAGGCCCCGGCCUUCGGGCAGCCGACCAGCAGCCCCGCGAGCGGCUUUUCCUUCAGUCAGCCCGGCUUCAGCUCCGUGCCGGCUUUUGGUCAGUCCGCGUCCCCCACCCCCGCGUCCACCAGCGGGAACGUGUUCGGUGCAUCUUCAAGCGCCAGUAGCUCCAGCUCCUUCUCAUUUGGACAGUCUUCUGCCAACACUGGAGGGGGGCUCUUUGGCCAGAGCAGCCCUCCUGCUUUCGGCCAGGGCCCUGGCUUUGGGCAGGGAAGCUCUGUGUUCGGUGGCACCUCAGCCACCACCACGACAGCGCCAUCCUCUGGGUUUAGCUUUUGUCAAGCUUCAGGUUUUGGGUCUAGUAAUACUGGUUCUUUGUUUGGUCAAGCAGCCAGUACUGGUGGAACAGUCUUUGGCCAGCAGUCGUCCUCUUCCAGUGGCAGCGUGUUUGGGUCUGGAAACACUGGAAGAGGGGGAGGUUUCUUCAGUGGCCUUGGAGGGAAACCCAGCCAAGACGCAGCCAACAAAAACCCAUUCAGCUCGGCCAGCGGGGGCUUUGGAUCUGCAGCCACCCCAAAUACCUCUAACCUUUUUGGAAACAGUGGAGCCAAGACGUUUGGUGGCUUUGCCAGCUCAUCAUUUGGAGACCAGAAACCUGCUGGCACCUUUAGCUCUGGAGGAGGAAGUGUGGCCUCCCAAGGCUUUGGGUUUUCCACUCCAAGUAAAACAGGUGGCUUCGGUGCUGCUCCAGUGUUUGGCAGCCCUCCUACUUUUGGGGGAUCCCCUGGGUUUGGAGGGGUGCCAGCAUUCGGUUCAGCCCCAGCCUUUACAAGCCCUCUGGGCUCGACGGGAGGCAAAGUGUUCGGAGAGGGUACCGCGGCCGCCAGCGCGGGAGGAUUCGGGUUUGGGAGCAGCAGCAACACCACGUCCUUCGGCACCCUCGCCAGUCAGAACGCCCCGACGUUCGGAUCGCUGUCCCAACAGUCUUCUGCGUUCGGGGCCCAGAGCGCGGGAUUCUCCGCCUUCGGGUCAGGCAGCGGAGGAUUUAGCUUUGGAUCAUCUAGCUCUACUCUCCACGACCACAGACGGUCCUUAUUGCUGGAGGAGUGUGUCCACGCCGGGGAGGGGGACACCAGAGGGAUCGGGGACCCAGGCCCACCCAAGGCAAGUUCCGGCUGCAGAGGAGAGAGAAGCCCCCCGCAGAUCUACCCUGAGCCCGAGCUCACAGCUUGUCACUGCAGGCACGGAGUAGGAUCCGAUCAGCAGAAACGAAAAGCAUCUCCGUAUGUCAUUGCCGGUUCCCUGAUCGCUGUGCUGUCAAAGCCUCCUCACAUGUCUCUGGAAGCUGCCAGCUUUUGUCUUCAGCCCUCAGAAGGUGAGGGUGGGUGCGAUCGCUUGGCCGGGGCCGGUCCAGGGGGAGUUCUAUUGGGGCCAGGCCGUCCCCGCAAACUUCCUCCCACCCCAAAGCCUGGAAACGAGAACUUCCCUCUCCUGCCUCCGCCAGGGCCCUGCAGAUGGGGGAGGCUGUCUUCCGCUCGCAGAGAGGAAGCAUCGUCCUCAAUUGUUCUGCACGGGCCCAGGCUGCAGGAAGAGGCCACAUGGUCACAAGGGCCAUUCCUCCUGACCCGGCCCCUGACCACUGGAGCAGAGCAAGCCUCCUGGGGCAAGUGGCCUCAGGUCUCAGCGGCCCUGGCCUCACCAUAAAAUCGGGACCUCACGGGGUCCUUGGGAGACCAGAGAGUGAACGGGGAGCUGGGGCAGCCACACAGCAUCACCCCAGCUCCAGCAUCCCCUGGCCAGAGGCCUCAGGUCCCCCCACCCCUGCCCAGCCCUUUCCCACCAGCCUCAUAAUCCUGUGACAGCAGAUGUCACCACAGGUUCUGGCUGGAAAGACCCUCAGAGGUCUCGUCGCCCGAGAUUCUCAUACUGUAGGCGGGUAUGUGAAACCCAACCCAGGAGAAGAAAGAACAGUAAUGACUCCAACACGGCAAUCUCUGUGCUGACUCUCUGCCAGGCACUGUGUAAUUGAUGAUGAAUUAUUACUAGUUACGGUAUGGAGAGCGACCACAUAUACUAUCUCAUUUAAUCCCUCAAACAACCCUGCGAUGAGGGACCGUUCUCCCCAUUUCAUAGAAGGGAACAGUGAGGCUCAGAAAGGUUGAGAGCCUGGCGCAAGCUCGCCACACCCGUGGACGGUGGAGCUGGAGCCACGCCUGGCUGGACAAGGGCACAGGCGGGUGGCACUGCCAACCCAGAGAGACCCCGUCUCCUGAGCUGCUCUCCCCUCACCCCAAGCCUGACCUGUGGCAGAACCCUGAGCCAGAACCAACCUUGACCUUGGCCAUGGGCCAGAUUCUCUGGGGGCUCCAGAAGAGGGCAAACUAGGGAUAACGUGAAGCAUCUCCCACACAGGGGAGAAACUGUGACUCGUCACUCGGAAGACUGUGCCAGCUGACAGGUGGCAGCUAAGGAUUGUGGAGGAUGGGGUGGUGGAUGCAGGCGGAUUCAACAGUGUUCUGGGGGGGGGGUGGCUUUGAAAGCUAUGUGGGUUGGACCCCAAACCAUAUAGAAUCCUCUCAAGCUGGCACAAGAAACUCGCCAUCUUCUAGCUCUCGUCUGUAAGUCGGGGUAUUACUGGGGUGGCAUGUGGCAUUGUUCCACUGCAAAUAUUUCCAACCCACGACAUUCAAAAGGGUUCUCCUCCUGGAUUAGAGAUUAAUUUCAAGCAGGGAUAAUGUUUGGGGGUAUUAUGGGUUUUGCUGAAGUAUUUAGAAUUAAUAUUUUUAAUACAAGCCCAUUUGGCAAGAACAGAAGCCCUAACCUAACCUUCGCCACAUUGCCGUUCCCUCCCCAGGCCAUUAAAGCCCAGUGCCCAUGUGGGUUUCGUUUUAAGCCUUCAAAUUGUCUGGGUCUAGCCCAGUAGUUCUCAACCAGGGGUGACUUCACACCCCUCCCGGGGACAUGGGGCAGUGUCCGGAGACACGUUUGGUUGUCAGAACAGGGGGAGGGAGGCUGCUGGCAUUGAGUGGGUAGAGACCAGGGACGCUGCCCAACAUCCUGCAGUGCACAGGACAGCCUGGUCCCGGCAAAGUUAGGGGAAGGUUCCGGGCAGCCUGAGGCCGCUGGUCAUCCCAGCGCUCACCAUCCCUCACUUUCUUUCACGUCACAGGUCUUAAAAAUAUGAAGAAGCUUAGUUACCACAGGAGGUUUGGGGUAGGGGAGAUGGGAAGGGUAUUUUCAUCACAUCAAAAUGCUUCCGUUUACAUUCGAGCAGGUGCAGCUGUCCAGGCUUAUUCCGGAGGGCGCCAGUUGAAUACAGAGCCUCCCCAUGGGCCGGAGGAACCAUGGUAUUUGGUAAUUCAGUUUCUUAAUGUAAU